AUGGGAAGCUGUCGUUGCAUUUUGGUGGACGGCGUUGACAAAAACAUGGCCGCUGCAGUGACUCACGGAGUUGAGUGGACCGUUGUGUCCGCAGCAGCUGCUGAAGUGCCGGGUGUUUGUGCCCUUUUGCAGGAGGCUGGCAACACGGCCAGCCAGGUGGCCAGAGGAAGUUGCUCAACAAAGAAGGGGGGCGAAGAGGGCCCGAAGUAUGAGGCAGUGCUGCCGCAUGUGUGGAAGUUUGAAGACACGGUGCUCCUUUGCGCGCUGGACAGAAGGCCACCAGCUGUGGCAGACAUGGAGUGCGCUGCCCUGGACUUGGUGGACGCAGUGGAGAUGACUGUCGCGGUUCGCAUCAGCGCCUGCUGGGAUGGACAUAGGGCCAAGCUGGAUUUGUGUAAGUCUGCAGCACCCCCAGGUGACUUGACGGAUUCAGUCCAGUUGGUCAAGGAGAUGGGAUUCAAGCCUGGCUCAACAAUCCAACGCCGCAAGGACAAGUUGGCAGCCACUAUCGGUUCCAUGGGAGGCGACACUGUUGUCCUGCAGUUGGAUGAAGGAUUGUUCCAGCUCAGUUGCAAGUCUUUUCUGCACAAUGAGUGGAAAAUCAUCAAGCGCCAGGUGGAAUCUCUCGAAUAUGGGUUUGAGCAACUCAGCAAUCACUGUGGCUUUGAGAAUGCUGACAUGCUCAAUAUGGUGACCAAAGGCAAGAUCAUGGGAGCGCUUCUAGCCUUGGAGUCGAAGCACCGGGGGUGCCAAAAAAAACUUGGCCAUUGUCCUCAAGCCAACUCGAAAUGUGAAAGUCACCUCUCCCAUCCAGAAGGGCAAAAUGACUCUGGUACCAUCGACACCUGCGGUGAGCUUGAAGUCCAGCAAGGCUGGAUUGAGGGGGAUGCGUUGAUGCUGUAUGUGGAGAAGCUUCCCGACGCUGAGCCUGAGCUUGGGCAAACUAGCGGCCACAUCAUGCCUCAAGAGCAUGACAGUGGGUCAGAGAAGGACUUCGAGGGAGAGGGUGAGGAAGAUGCCACUGAAGAGACCUUCGAGAUCGAGCAAUGCUGGGUCAUCAAGGAUCGCAAAAGAACUUGGGUACCCACCACUGUGAUGAAAUUGAACGAGCCCUACAUCAAGCUGUCCAAGUUUGACCGUGGGUUUGUCCACUUCUGCUUAUCAAAGCCAAUGUCGAGCACCAGCAAACAUGGGCAAGAACCCGCCAAUGCCAAUACCCCAGCCUUCGACAACUUAGUGAACAUGAGGGUAGCUGCUUCUGUGAAAGCUGCCCAGGAACAAAUGGAGAUGGAAGAGUCUCAGGUGGGGGAUUCCGUUGCGACAAAGCAGCGGAAACGCAAAGUGCGCGAGCAGGACUGCGCAAUUGUGAACCCGGUGGUCAUGGUGCAACUCCCACCGCUUGAGUGGAAGGGACGCUUCUAUGAGGGACGCGAGGUGAAGUUGCUGUGGGGCAUGAAGAGCAAGGAUGUGUGGUUGAAGGACACCAGUGGAAAUGGUGGAAAGUUCUAG